CCGGUCCCAAGAACAGGACCACAUGCUUCUGGCUGGCUACCUUCAGGCUGUACUGGGGAUCUGACAAAUCAGUGGACAAACGGGUCACAGGAACAGGACCCCAUUCAGAAGUGGAAGCAAAAGCCCUCCUGAGGCAGAACAAGGUGAAGAAGGCAAAGCCGACACAGAUAUAAAGGCGAAACAUCUCAAGUGAAAGCAUAUUGAGGUGCAGGUGUAACACCAGGUCCAGAAGCAGAAACAGACGCAGGUCCAGGUGCAAAGUGGGCGAGGAUACAGGUCCAGGUGCAAAACCAGGUCGGGAGCGCAACCAUAGUGGGUAAGAAAAGAAGAAGAGGAAACAUGGGGUUGAGUCCUCCAGGGACGGAGGCCCUUGUGGAGUUUUGCCGACUAGAUGAGUCGAGAAAGGAAUGGACGGAUGAGCUCCGGCGGAUCCUCGAAGUGACGGCAUCAACGGGUAACGUCUGGCAUGACUGGGAAUUCCUCAAGAAGCUCUUGGCUUUCCGGUUGGAUCAGGUUUUAUCUGAUUACAAUAAAAAGCGGUAUCCCUCGGGAGGAGGGGAAGGUCCGCCAAGGCCAUUAUCAACGGGCGAAUCGUUCGAAGAACUCAGAGGUCGGCUGCAUCACUCUCUAUCUGAGUUCAUAGAUGGGCCGCCGUUCACUAUCCAACGCUUAAGCGAGGUUCUACUGGACCCAACGUCCACGUAUCCUACACUAGAAAAGGUUGCACUGGCCAUAGAGAAACUGUUAUCGGUGACAUCGACCAUCCAAGUGUCCCGACACCCUUUUCCGCUCUCGCCACCCUCUUCCCUGCCGACAGCAAGAGGAGUCUGUGAAGGAGAGAUUUGCCCACCUCCCCCACUUCCGUCGAGCGCUACUGACGGUUUUUCAGAGGCUGCGGAUGGUGCUGCUGUUCCUCCUCCCACAAUGAUCGCCGUGUCGCAGGGCUUGCCGCGCCAGCAACAACACCAGCCAGGUCAACCGAGUCUGCUUAUGUCUGCUUCUACAGAGGCCAACUUAGUCAAUGCUGUGCUGAUGUCAUCGUCAUCGUCACCGCCAUCGUCGUCAUCAGCGGAGGCAGAAAUCUCAGAAGCAAUGGUGUUGACUUCGUCUUUGCACGCUAGUCGAUCAGAAGAAGGCAACUGCGUUGCGACUCCUCCCUCUCCUCCUGUUGUUGCUGCUGUUGUCGAAGGCAGCAGAUCCAGUGAUGACUCACCAUCGGACGAUCAGAUCAUGGCAAGUCUGCUCGAAACUAGCCCAAAUGACGUAAUGCAGGUUGUUGGUGAGAGUGGAGACCUCCCUACCACUCCUGGAGCAAGUGUUAGUCCUGUUGUCGAUAACAUGCUGUCAUCCGAUCAUAAUCCAAGUGAUGACAAGGCUAGACGGCGUACGCCUCGUACCGACACUGCCGCUGACAUUGAUGGGGUUGCUCCUAUGGAGGCCGAUACAAAUCUAGGGACAGGAGGAAGGGAAGACCACCCUCCUUCUCCUCUUCCUCCUCCCACUGCUCCCCCUGCUAGUCCUCAAGGGGAAGAUACAAAAGAGGAGGAUCUGCGACCUGCUUGUGAUGGAAGAGAGGACAAAGCAGAGCUGAUGGGUAGUGGCAAUGAUGCGACGGGUGCAAGGGAACACAACAUCAGCAACACGCUGUCUGAGGAAGAAGAAGCCCAGUUCCUGCGGGAGGCUCCUUCCAACAUGGCGGGCAAAGAUCUUGUAGAUUGUGCUGUUGAAAAUGUGUUGAAAGCAGACAGACCAGGAGAUGGCAACGAUGACCAGAAUCAUGAUGUGGAUAUGGUGGAUGCUGCUGACAGCUGACGUGCAAUGACAGACAGGCCCUUAUCUGACAAGACAACGGCUUACCGGCUUGCUUGAUUGUAGGCAGUGCCUAAUGACGGUGGUGAAGUUAUGGUCAAUAUGCAUACGUAUGUACAUGUACGAAGGACGCCCAAAGGCUGAGACCGUCAGAGCAUUGAGAUGGACAGUGAACGAGGAAGGGAACGAAGGAAACGCAUGGGAUGCGAUAAAUGUGCAGACCUGGC